AUGUCUGAAGCUGAAUACUCUACCAAAACACCGGAUGCUAAAACUUCUCAGUGCAUCAUGUCUAAAGCCGCAUGCCCUACCAAUAGCCCGUAUGUCGAGAAAGAUGAAAACAUCGAUACAAUUGAAGACCAUGGAUUGCUGAAUGAUGCGAACGAGAUUUCGUUCGAUUCCAAUACCUUGGACUAUUCUCAUACCGAUUAUGGUGAAGAAGCUCUUUGGGCAGAAAAUAUGAAGCUCAAGAAAGAUUUGAAGAAGCUUAAGCAAAAGGAAACGAAGCUUUCACGAAACGAAGAAGUGAUUCUAGGUCAGCUACAACAUAGCGAGGAGGACAGAUACGCAUUGGAAGAGAGACUGGCUGAAUUUCGCGAUGAUUGUAAUGCGAAAGCAAAACUUUUGGAAGAGUCUCUGAAACAACAGCAUUUGUUGAAUCUCGAACUAGACUCCAUGACCUCCAAGUGGCAAAUUGCCCAGCAGGAAGCACGCGUGCACAUGGCCAAGACGGAAAAGGGGAAGCAGGGAAAGGAGAUUGACGAUGAUAAGCAUGUCAAGCAGCUGUCACACAGCUUGCAAGAACUGCAGCUCAAAAACAUGGAGCUCCAAGAUUUGGUCGAAUCGCAAGAAGCGACAAUCCUCGAGUUGAACAACACGAUUGGUGUAUUGUCCUCCUCAAAAGAGCAAGAGCUACGAAUGGAAGACGAAGUCAGCAUCCAAAGGGUUUUGCUUUCCGAAGAACUGGCCCGCCAAAACGACGACUACAAAUCUACCACGCCCGGGGAAACUAAACCAAAUACACCGACGCCUUGUGAUAAGGGAAACAUUAUAAUUAUCCCUGUUAGAUCACGUGUUGAAAUUAGUUACAGAAGCCUGAUUGCUGGAGCAGGGAAAGAGUUUUGGAGAAUACUAUCGGGAAAAUUUGCGAUGGCUCAGGGUGAUGAUGCCACAGUCAAUGCAUGGUGGUACCUCAGAGAAAAAUAUGUUGUGAAUAAUGACAUGUUGUAA